AUGGUUACACCUUUGGCAGCACCAGCAUUCUUCACGGUGACACUGUCGUCCUUCACGGCGAAUUCAAUAAAUAAACCAACAAUAUUAAUGUUCAGGGGAGGCACAAACAGAAGUUUGGAGUUUAAUGGAAAUUAUAGGCAUAACUUCACUCCGGCUAGUCCUCUGCAGCUUAAAAGGCAUCCCCGAUUCUACCUUAACGGCAAAGAAAGACAAUGUGAUGAUAUGAAUGCUGAUGAUGAAAGAUUGUUGGAGCAUGGACUUGCUUUCCAGCAAAAUUUUACAAUCAGAUCAUUCGAGAUAGGAAGUGAUUUCAAAAUAUCGAUUGAAACAUUGAUGAAUUAUUUACAGGACGCAGGAGUUAACCAUCUGAAGAGUGCAGGAAUUCUGGCUAAUGGCACUCUCGGAGCAACAGCAGAGAUGGAUGCAAGAGACCUCAUAUGGGUGGUCUAUGGGUUGGAUAUGGCGGAUGUUGUACAAGUAGAAACUUGGAUUUACAAGUCGGGGAGGAACAGUUUCUGUCGCGAAUGGCGUGUUCAUGAUUUGAAAACGGGCGAAACUCCGAUACAAGCUGCCAGUUUACAUGUGGUGAUGAAUAAGAAAACAAGGAAAAUUGUUAAGUUCAGUGAGGAAGUCAUCAAAGAUUUUAAGCCUUUUCUUUUGCAACGCGAUCCUCACAUCCACAAAACUAGCACAAAACUUCUGCAACUGGACACCAGCAAAGCUGAUUAUGUUCGCACAUCUUUAACUCCUGGAUGGACGGACAUGGACAUAAAUGAGCAUGUGAGUCAUAUAAAACUGGUCAACUAUGUUCUCGAGAGUGUUCCCAGCGAAGUAGUGGAGAGUCACAAGAUUUCAGCAAUAACUUUGGAUUAUCGAAAGGAAUGCAACAGGGAUUGUUUGCUGCAAUCUUUCUCCAGAGUGACUAGUAGCAAUAGGAUGAAUGAGUUGAUGGAUAAUGGAGAAAUUGAGUUCGAUCACUUGCUUUGUCUUGAGUGUGGGCAGGAAAUUGUGAGGGGAAACAACAAGUGGAAGCCAAAAUGUGAAGACAACUCAACAUGCAGCUUGGAAUUGAUAGAGUGA